UUCCGUCGCAUCCUCCACCCACGCGCGCACGAAACCAAUGAUAUUCCAUUCCAUGGCGAGGCCACGGUGCCGCUGUUGGAUGCACUGCGCUGCCGCGCUCGCCUCUAGCUUGAUCUGACGCGCGACCACCCCCGCCGCAGCCGCAGGCGCCAUGGACGGGGGGCGCCACCCUCUCAGCGUCUUGUUCCAGGGCGCGAGUUACGGGCUUGCGUUCAAGCUGGACAACCUCGGGAAGGAGAUCAUGGGGAUCGCCGUGCCAGGGGCGCUUGCGCUCAUGGCCGACCCGCUCGCCUCGCUAGUCGACACCGCCUUCAUUGGCCACAUAGGUCCAGUGGAGCUUGCAGCUGUAGGUGUAUCUAUUGCCGUGUUUAAUCAAGUAUCAAGAAUCGCAAUAUUCCCACUUGUGAGUGUCACAACAUCAUUUGUUGCAGAGGAAGACGUUACUUCCAGCGACAGACAAAAAGUUGAAACAAACAAAGAGAGCGAACACAAUGUUUCAGAUAGUGAAAUGGACGAACUCAUUUCUUCUGAAGAUACUAGUGCCACUUCCAGAAAGUCAUCUUUGUCAAGUUUGGUCAAUAUUGAGCAUAAUCGGAAAAGUAUUCCAUCGGUUUCGACAUCAUUACUACUUGCUGGGGUGCUUGGCCUUCUUCAAACUUUACUGCUUGUUUUCUAUUCAAAACCUAUCUUAGACUUCAUGGGUCUGAAACCGGACUCUGGAAUGCUGAAUCCUGCAUUACAGUACUUGGUACUCAGAUCUCUAGGUGCUCCUGCUACUCUUUUAUCUCUUGCAAUGCAAGGGGUAUUUCGUGGACUUAAAGAUACAAAGACGCCUCUGUAUGCAACUGUGGCUGGAGAUGCAACCAAUAUAGUUUUGGAUCCAAUAUUUAUGUUUGUGUUCAAGUAUGGUGUCAGUGGUGCAGCAAUUGCUCAUGUUAUAUCACAAUAUUUCAUUGCAGCCAUACUAUUAUGGAGAUUAAGGCUACACGUUGAUUUAUUGCAACCCAGUUUGAAACAUCUGCAGAUUGGCCGGUUCCUUAAGAACGGUUUUCUGUUACUUGCCAGAGUUAUUGCCGCAACAUGCUGUAUAACACUAUCAGCAUCAAUGGCUGCACGACUAGGUUCAACUCCCAUGGCUGCAUUCCAGAUUUGCUUGCAGAUCUGGUUGGCUUCUUCCCUUCUUUCUGAUGGAUUGGCUUUUGCUGCACAGGCUAUACUUGCAGGUGCAUUUGCUCGCAAGGACUAUUCAAAGGCCACAGUCACAGCUUCCCGCGUAUUGCAGCUCGGAUUUAUUUUGGGACUUCUCCUGAGCGUACUUCUUGGAGUUGGCCUCCGUUUAGGUUCGAGAUUAUUUACGGAGGAUAAGGAUGUACUGCAUCACAUUUAUGUAGCAACACCGUUUGUCGCUCUCACUCAACCAAUCAACGCUUUAGCUUUUGUUUCUGAUGGUGUCAGUUAUGGAGCGUCAGAUUUUGCAUAUGCUGCAUAUUCAAUGAUCCUCGUGGCUAUUGCCAGCGUCAUUUGCAUAGUCACCCUCACAAGUUACAGUGGUUUUCUUGGAAUCUGGAUAGCAUUAUCAAUCUACAUGAGCCUCCGAAUGUUUGCAGGAUUCUGGAGGAUUGGAAGUGCAAGAGGACCAUGGGCUUUCCUUCGCAGCUGAACAUGUACAUUCUCGUACAACACAUGAAGGCAGGAUAUUUACACCUCUAAACAGCCCUAGAAUAAUCACUGUAUCAACUUGUAAACCUGAAACAUUGCAACCAUGAUCAACAAUAGUAUUACUAGUGCAUGCAAAAUGCAAGACUGACGGCACAUCUGCUCUUGAUAAUCAAGUUAGUGAAACCACGUCUCACAGAGGAACUCGCAGCCCAGGACUAAUGUGCAAUGCUAUUGUCCAGAACUAGCUUACAUGCAGAGGUAAAUACGAGUCACUACACAAUGUCACCCUUGAUGGGCAUCUUCAACAACUUGUAUAUUAGCCUUGUACUAGCAAAGUGCCCUGCGCUGCUACGGAACACCUGCAUUACGACGGAACCGUAAGUUGUUUGAUUUUUGUCACUA